AAGACAUAAUGGUUUCAUGUGGCACUAACUCAGUCAAACUUCUUUUCCAAUUACAGGUAUAAAUUGCACCUCACCACCACGCAAUGCUGUCCGGGGAUGCUUAUCAGUGAAAUCAAUUUGACGAAAUAUUGACAUCGAAUAUCAGGGUCAGUUCCAGCCGGGUCACCUGUAGGAUCGCCACUAUCACCACCAUCAGGGAAAGCUGAAAGGGGUCGAGAAAUUCCGAAGUGCUGUGCAAAACGGUUAAGUGGAUGCAUCAGAGUGUAGUGGGUGCAGUGUGGAAAUUACAGUGCAUAAUGAAAAGUCCUAUAAACAUUGCAACAAACAAUUACACCCUACGACAGUGCCGUUCCCAUAGUUAAACUGUUUUGAAAUUCAGCCUAGGCCCAGUUGAAUAUUUAGUUGUUUUCCAAAUAAUUCGCUCCGUUCUAUGAGUGCCGUCGCCUGCAUAGUUGUUCAUUUGGAAUUCCAAUGACACCAGAUAUUUAUUGAUUAGUGGUCACUUUUGAGUUUUCCAAUUUAUAUCUUAUGAUUUCGGGAGGAAUACGUAAUUUACGAAGAUGCAAAUGGUCAUUAUCAAAUACAUCUCCGUUUUUUGCUUUACGCUAUUUUUCGGUUAUAAUCAUUGUGAUCAGCUCCUUGUUGAGGUCAGUUCAGAUUCCAGAAUACGACAAGAAUCAGCAUGUGUAGCAAGAUGUUUGGGUGAAAAGAAAAUUUCGAGUCUAAAAAGAUGCUACAAAACCUGUUCAGAGGAAACAAAUUUCCCACCACUAAUACGGGAAAGCAACUACAUCUGGACAAUGGAGCUAUUGUGCCGAAACAAUACGAAUUUAGUUUUCCGAAUUUCCAAUCAAACCAAUUACAACAUCACAUCAGAUUACUACGGGAGCGAUUAUGAUAAUGACGUAGAUGACAGUGACAUGGACCCAUCAGGGCCAACGAACAAUGAGGAAGCUUCCCACGACAAUAUCUUCAUAUUAUGGAUAUACAAAGCGACCGAAGGACUUUCCAAACAAUUAAUUUUCUUGGCAAACAGUGCUAUUGUCAACGUAGGAGACUUAAACCAAAAUUCUUCAUAUGUGGUAUCCUUAACAAUGGUGACCAGCAACAAUAGAGUAACACGUAUUGUCGAAAAUGCAGAAUUCACAACACUACCAGACGUCUACAAACCGGCGGAUGUUAAGAACAUCACCCUUAUUAAAUUUGAGGCUGAAAAGGACAAGAAGGGCAUGUUACAGGCACAAAUAGGAUGGCUCCCUGCUGACGAUAUGACUUGUUUUUAUGAUGUCGUUUUGUUCUAUGCAGGCGUACCAGCUGUUAAAGAAAUUCGACAGCCCGAAGAAUUAUACACACUGACCCAUCACAAUAUUUCCGUGGGAAGUUCAUUUCAAGUGGGGGUUAGAGGUGUUCAUAAAUACAACAAUAAACUCUUUGAGGGCGACUUACAAUCGCAAGAAUUCCAAGCACCCGCUUGCUUAGAUUGGUAUAGGAACAACUUAACAGUUUGCGCCCCUGAGAAACCGAAAGGUCUUCAAGUUAAUCACACUCAUCUUUCCUCCAACAAAUAUUCAAUAAGCAUAUCAUGGGAAACACCGAAGCAAAUGCCGAACUAUUAUGGCAUCAAAAUUUUGGAUUUAGAUAGGAAAACACCUAAUGAAACGAAAAUAAAUGUUACCGGGGAUCAAACUUCUCAGUACAUUCCAAGCAUAACUAUAAAUGGUUUUGAGUAUGAAGUUCAUCUAAUCGCCGUUUCAGAAGGAGGAAAGUCUUCAACUAUGCUGGGGAAAACAAUCGACGUGCUACACAUAGCAGGAAAGAGUUACGCUUUGAAGCUAGUCUCGAGCAUCAUGAUUCCCAUCCUGUUCAUAAUAUUUGCUGCUCUUGUGAUGAUAUUGGUAUGCAAUCGACGAGCCAAGCUGAAACGCUACCAGGAGCGUUGUAAGUACUUUGAGGAGCUGGAGAAGAAAGCACCUGUUGAUCCCAACUCAAAUUUUGAGUUUCCUGUGAAAACUAUGCCGUCAAACGAACGUCUCAACCUUUUGCAACAACAACUCGAGAACAAGCUCUACAUCAAUGAUGUUAUGGAAAUCGACCGGGACAAUGUUGUGCUCCUUGACGAGGUCCUUGGCGAAGGAGCGUUUGGUCUAGUGCGGAAAGGCAUUGCAAAACUCAACACUGGCAAAGAGUGCGACGUCGCUGUGAAAAUGCUGAAAGAUAAUCCUUCUAUUGAAGACAUCAAAGAAUUUCGGCGGGAAAUCGAUGUGAUGAAGUUCGUGGGCGACCAUCCAAAUAUUGUCGGGAUAAUUGGCCAUUGCACGAAGAAUAUUAAGGAGAUGCUCCUACUCACGGAGUAUUGUAGUCGAGGAAAUUUGCUAGAUUACCUAAGAUCCGAAUGGCACUACCAUCAAAGCAAACAACUUGUGCAAAACGAUAUUGAGGAUUGUUGCAUAGCGAAAUUAAUGGAUGACAAACAACCCGAAUCAAUCUUCAACUUCGAUACAUCCUUCAUCGAUAAAAUAUCUAUAAGCUACAAAAAUAUCAGCAACCAAAACACUAACGAAUCGUCACCUCACAUAUUAGCAUCCCCAUCCGGAAUCAGCGAAAAGGAACAUCAUGACGAUAGCGCCUACCCCACAAAUAUUGUUGUAAAUAACGCCUACGAACUGACUACGAAAUGCACAAGUUCUUGUAAAUGCCAAGUCGAUAUCAUACCGAAAAAUGAGUGCCUUAAAACGAAUGAAUUCGAGACUAAAUACAAUAAUAAAAUUGAGAUAAAAGGCUGCAAAUGUAGAAUUCGAAUGCUGGCCGUUAAUGAAAGCGGCUCACCAAUUGCAAUCGAAAAUCACGGAUAUUAUAAAUUAAUUACUCCGAAAAUAUUAGACAAUAUACAUACCGGGGAAGAAGGAAAGCCAAUUGUUGAUGGGGGAGGUGGGGGGAAAAAUGACCGACUUACUAGUGGUGAUUUAUUGCAGAUGGCGAAACAGAUAGCACUUGGAAUGGAAUUCUUAUCGAAGAACAAAGUUGUACACAGGGACCUGGCAGCCAGAAACGUGCUAGUGAGCGAGGAUAAAAGCGUUAAAAUCGCAGAUUUCGGCUUGAGCCGCGACAUAUAUCAGGAGAACAUCUACAAGAAGACUGGAAAUGGGAAGUUACCUAUCAAAUGGCUGGCGCUGGAAUCUAUGACCCAUCAGGUGUACACUAGCCAAAGUGAUGUAUGGUCCUAUGGAGUGCUAUUAUACGAAAUAGUGACCCUUGGCGGUACCCCAUACCCCCUCAUACCAACUAAUCGCCUCCUAAAACUACUGAAGGCUGGCUACCGGAUGGAAAAGCCCAAAAACUGCAGUGAAGCUCUAUAUGACCUUAUGCGCUCGUGUUGGCGUACAAAACCCACGGAAAGACCAACUUUCACUGAAGUUUGUCGAAGUUUGGACGAGUUACUUAUGCAUUCACCCGAAGAUGAAACAAUAAAUCUUAGCCUAACAGAACACGUCGCCAAAAGAUCGAAAUCAUCGUCCGAGGAAUCUUAUUUAAAGCCCAUUUAGCAUUAAGAGUUUUUUUUUUUAUAUUUUCUUGAUUUGAUUUCUUAGGCUUAGUUAAGGUUUUUAUACGUGUCCUUUACGAAACUUUUUGUUUGGAAGAAAAAUAUCAUUUUUAUAAUAAUGACAAAAAGGCUAAUUACCUGUUUCCUAUUUAAUAGUUAAAUAAAAUAAGGAAGAUCUUGUAAUAA